AUGAAAGAGCUAGAUUAACUAAAACAUUAUCAAAAAUUAAAGAAGAUGAAGGUGAUGUUACAGAAGCAGCUAAAAUUCUCCAAGAUCUUCAAGUUGAAACUUAUAGUACUAUGGAUAAAAGAGAAAAGAUUACAUUCUUUAUUGACCAAAUGCGUCUUUGUAUGAACAAUAAAGAUUUUAUUAGAGCACAACUUAUUGGUAACAAGGUAAAUAGAAAAACAUUAUUAGAAGAUGAAAAUCAAGACCUCAAAGUUGCUUAUUAUGAACAAAUGGUACGUUAUUAUUCUCAUUCAAGUGAAUAUAUAGAAAUCGCUAGAUGUUAUCUCCAAAUCUAUGAAACUCCAUCAAUCCAAAAAGAUACUACCCAAUUACACGAUACUCUUAAAUUAAUCUCGCUCUUUGUCACUCUAUCACCAUCAUCAAAUGAACAAUCAGAUUUAUUAAAUAGAGUUUAUGGUUUUAAACCAUUGGGUGAUAUUCAAGUUUAUAAAGAUUUAUUAAAUCAAUUUAAGACCAUUGAAUUAAUUAGAUGGACAAGUUUCUUUGAAAUUAAUAAAGCAGAAUUAAAUACUCAAAAAAUCUUUAAUGGUGAAAAGAAUUGUUGGGAUGAUCUCCGUAAGAGAGUUAUUGAACAUAAUGUUCGUGUUAUUUCAACUUAUUACCAAAAAAUUUCAACUAAAAGACUUGCUGAAUUAUUGGAUCUUUCAUUAGACGAAUCAGAGAAGUUUGUUUCAGAUUUAGUUUCAAACAAAACUAUUUUCGCCAAAAUUGAUAGACCAGCCGGUAUUGCUACAUUUAUUGCCACCAACGAUCCAAACAAAGUAUUAAAUGGUUGGGCCUCUAAUGUUACCCAAUUACUUGAUUUAGUUGAAAAAACAAAUCACUUAAUCCAAAGGGAAUUUAUGCUUCACAAAAUUAAUUAA